AUGUCCGGUGAAUUGAGUUGCAGGGCAGUCCGGAUUCCCCCGCGCGGUCUCGACAAUUGUCGCGGCGUGCAUAAUGGUCGCUACUGUACGGCCUCGCGCCCGUGCUGCGACCUGCGCGUCGUCCUGCUUCACCCAGCUGAGGUCCUUGGUUUCUGGCAGGCCUAUAAUCUCGUCUCAGCGCAGGAGGGAGGUUUUGUGCCUCCCUUCCGUCUAAGGCCAGGGCUGGGGAGGGUGCCUAGCAGGGAAUUAAAAAUCAGAGGGCCUCCGUGA